ACCGGUUGCACGUCUAUUUCACUACUUGGUGAUCGUAUAAACGGAGAGAAGGCUAGAACAAACGCGGUUUGUCGGUCAUGUACCACCGUACGGAGCUAAUCUUCCUGCUUUCACUGCUCUUGCAGUUGAUGCUGAUCCGUGCUCAUAAUGCAAGGAAUAGUUACAAGGAGAUUCUUGUUCAGGAUCGCAUCGAAGAGAAAUUUCAAUUGAUUGGACCUCGCGCUUUGUUGAAGUAUCAAAAUUUCAAUUUUGUGAGUGACGAGUGUGCUCGAGAUUUGGCUAUCUACGAAAGAGGAAUCGAUAGACAGGAAACAUGGGCUUUGCAAAUGCUAGAUUCUUCAUCGAAAUUGCCUACUGGCAUAUUGCGAGGGAAUAUAAUAGACGUUGGUAUGUACGACGAAUGCAUUGAGACUCAUGGCAUUUCCAUGGAAGGUAUAGAAAUAAGUGGACAACAUUGUACUUAUUCAAUUAAUCGCAUGGUCACUCUGGAGAAGCGUAUUUUCUUCAAUCCAGUACUAUCCAUUUGUAUGCCGAAGAGAUGCAGUAAUGAUGAUCUUUUCCGACUUAUCAAUGGUUCAAUUGAUUCUGAUUUGAAUUUAAAAAAUUUUGGAUUAAGUGUUUCUUCUGCUAGUUGUACGAAUACAGAUUAUAAGUUUAUCGAUAAACAGUUAAUUAUCUUUGCGAUUAUUAUGUUUUUAUAUCAUGGUUUCUUAUUUUUUUGUACGGCGCUCCAUUUAAAAAAUAUAAUUGUUUCAUCUAAGAAGCGCGAUAAAACUGUGCAAACUUUAACGCGUUUCUCUUACGUGAAAAAUAUUAAGGCCAUUCUCAGUUUGAAGGCCUCAGAAAAUGACCUGCCAGUUAUACAUGGUCUUCGAGCUCUUAAUACUUUUUGGCUCAUUCUCUUACAUGAAGUGUUUUUUCAAUUCUUUUUGCCUUUGGUCAAUUUUAUGGAUUUAAAUAAGUGGUUUGCAUCGUGGGAAGCUUUAAUACUCCUUAUGGGGAUGUACUCGGUAGAUACGUUUUUGGUUUUGAGUGGAUUUUUAACAGCUUUCACAUACUUUAACCAAAGACGAAGAAAUAUAAAUUUUAAUAUUUUUUCUUUUUACUUGCAUCGUUUUAUAAGAUUGGCUCCUUCAAUAGCAGCGGUACUUUCUAUUACCAUAGUAGUAGCGCCGAAAAUUCCUUUAAUUGUUUCUGGGCCACGAUUCGAUUGGUUACAAAAUAUUUUUAUUAAAAGUUGUGGUUCUAAAUGGUUACCAGUUUUAUUCUUUAUCCCUAAUUUAGUGGAUAAAGAUAAUUAUUGUUUACAACAUUUGUGGUCUAUCGCUGUAGACAUGCAGUUUAUGUGGAUAUCACCAUUGAUUCUCUACGCUCUCCAUAAGAAGCCAAAAGCAGGGCUAUAUUUAUUAAUAAUAUUAUUAUUAAGUUCAAUUCUAUCAUAUGCUACCAUUCUUGGCAUUAAUAAAUAUUCAGCUAUCUACUUCACUCACAGACCAAGUAUUACAAUACUUUUGGAGGCUUUUCAAAAUAUCUAUGAAAUGCCAUAUACUAGAGCUUCACCAUGGUUACUUGGCCUUCUUUUCGGUUAUAUUGCUACGCAAGGAAAGUUUAACCUCAACAAGACGAUGACCAAUUUAGGCUGGUUAUUAGCCUUUGCAUCAUUCGCUUUUUGUACAAUCGGUACAAAGACAUUCACAAAUGAAGAGUAUGAGUACAACCUCUUCUGGGAAAUUACUUUUGCUGCACUUUCCAAGCCACUUUGGGGAUUUGGAAUUUGCUGGAUAAUCUACGAAAGCAUUUACAAACCUCAUGGUUUCGUAACAACUAUAUUAUCAUCCAAAUAUUUUUUGCCAUUUAGUAGAAUGUCCUACAGUCUGUGCAUCGUACACGUAUUAUUUCCAGUAUUACAAGCUGGUACUACAAAAGCUCCAAAAUAUUUUAGCGAUGCUUUAAUUUUCCAUUCUUACCUUAGUAAUCUUGUACUGGAUUUAGUUAUCGCAUUUAUAUUCAGUGCUUCUUAUGAAAUGCCUAUGAGAAUAGCAGGGGAAAUGAUUUUCAAAAGAAACCACGAAACACCUAAUCAAGAAAAAUUGAAAGCUAAUUUAACCAUCGAUUUUGAUAGAAGUGAAGAGACGAGUUGUUUAUCCAUCACAAUGCCUAGAUACGUUAAAUUUGCUGUUUCUAGUGUAGUGCUGCUAGUGUUUUUGACUUGUAGAGUGAGCGCCAAAUAUAUAAAUUAUGCUCACGUCCUGGAGAAUCCGGAUUACAAAGAUGCGUUAAGUUUACUUGCUCCAGAGAAAAUGUUCACUAAUCACGACAAAACUUUGGUUGUUUAUACUGAUGAUGAGGCCUGGUCGAAUGUCACCUGUUAUCACGAUUUACUCAUCUUGGAAGAAGCAAUUAUACGUCGUGAAGCGUGGGCGCUUCUGAUGUUGGAUGCUUCAUCAAAGUUAGGAUCAGGUCUGUUGCAAGGCAACCUUAUCGACCUUGGUCAAUAUGACGAGUGCAUUGCUGUCCAUAGCAAUUCAUCUGAUAAUGACAUUCGUGGACGCCACUGCAUGUACUCAAUUAGCGCGACACAGGAGAAUGUUACGAUACCUAUAAAUCCAACCUUGUCUGUCUGUCUCCCUACAACAUGUUCAGCCGAAGAUAUAGUUUCCGUUUUUAGCAGAACUAUCUCGCGGAUCAAUAAGCUAGGAGUUCUUAAUAUGAAGAUCGUCUCUACUACAUGCUCACCUGUCGAUCCGACUGUGUGGGAUUUAGAAUUUACUGUAUGCAUAGCUAUUCUGGUGAGCUUUGCAACUUUUCUAAUCGCUUGCACGGUAAUAGAAGUGGGCUAUAGUCCAGCUGCUGACUACUACAGGCAUCCCUUUUUCAAUACUCUGGCUGCGUUUUCAUUGAGAAAGAACGCAGCAUCAAUUCUUAAUAUGGACAUAAAUAGGGGAACACUGCCUGCUAUUCACGGAAUACGUUUCUUUAGUAUGGCAUGGGUUGUUCUUGGCCAUGAACAUGUAAUCUCACUUAUGGGUGCUACUGUCAAUACACUUGACUUUAUGAAAUGGGUUCAAUCUUGGAAUUCAUUAUAUAUUUUCAUCGCUCCAUUUACAGUUGAUACUUUUUUUGUAAUAAGCGGUUUCUUGAUGACUUAUCUAUUUCUAAAGCAGAUUCCAAAGAAAAAAAGAUUUAACAUUCCCAUGUAUUAUUUGCAUCGAUACUUUAGGUUAACUCCAGCUGUAAUAGCUUUGUUAGUUUUUACAAUAGUUAUUGUACCAAAAAUCGGUUCUGGAGCUCGAUGGGAUGUACUGCUUCGUUUAUUUACUGGAAAUUGUCGAAAUAAAUGGUGGCCUCACCUUUUAUAUUUACAGAAUUUUAUAGAGAAAGAUAAUAUGUGUUUAGCACAUUUGUGGUACUUAGCAGUGGAUAUGCAAUUCUUUUGGAUAUCGCCAUUGAUACUGUAUCCUCUCUAUAGAAAACCAAAGUUAGGUUUAAUAAUACUUAGUGCGCUAUUUCUUGUAUCUUUGGCCAUUACAGCGUCGGUUGUCGGAAUCAGGAAUCUACCUGUCGUAUCAUUUACUCACGUACUCAAUACGACUAUAACAAGGGAGGUUUUUUACGAUAUUUAUGUGAUCCCUUACCAUCGAGCAGGACCGUGGUUAGUGGGUAUUUUCUUGGGAUAUGAAGUAGCGACACAUAAUCGCCAAUUCAAUAGAGGGACAGUGAUUGGUGGCUGGAUAACCGCGAUUGCAUCGUUUUCUUUUUGCACAUUUGGUACUAGAUAUUUUGUGAAUCCUAAUUAUGAAUACAAUGCAGUUUGGGAAACUUUCUUCUCAGCAGUUAGUCGACCAAUUUGGGCCAUUGGAGUGUGCUGGUUAAUUUAUGCUAGCAUAAACAAUCGUGCAGGGCCGUUGUCAUAUAUUCUCUCAUGCAGAAUCUUCUUACCUCUUAGUAGACUUUCUUAUUGUGUUUAUUUGGUUCAUUUUGUUCUUCAACUAGUUCAUGCAGCUUCACUGAGGACGUCUAUAUAUUUUUCAGCUUACUACGUCUGGCGUUCUUUUUUUGGCACACUAAUAUUUUCUAUUGGGGCUGCUUUUUUCUUAGCUCUAUUGUUUGAAUCACCAAUUAUAGUUUUAGAAAAAAUGUUGUUGAAUAGAAAACGAGAAUCUCAAUUGGAGUCACAAAGAGAACUGGAGCCUAAUGUUGAUGAGGAUUCAAAACAUGGAAAAGAAUAAUUGAUCUGUCAAUCGUUAAAAACACUGUCACAAAUUGUAAUUUUAAUAUUAAAUACUUUAACACGUUUAUGUAAAAAUUAGGAAAACCUUCGAUAAAAAUGUAACGGAUUAAUUAGAAAAUACAAUCUACUUUACAUGUUGUGAAUAAUAAAACAUUGUGCAACGUGGGAGAUAAGUGAACCAUUCUCUGAUGGGUAGGUUGCCAUCGGACGCGAAGCGUAGGGUGGAAAACUCCUGAAAGGUAUGGCCCAAUUUCCUCUCUAAUAGUACAUACAAUUUUUCCGCGUAUCAAGAUCCACUGAAAAACUGUACUUACGACGAAAUUCGGAUAUAAUUUCUGUAUUCCUGUUCAGGUAAGAAAGUGUUUCGCGGCACGGUGAGCAGGCGCAACCAUGCAUGUUUUACAUUUGAGCCGUAACCAAGAGCAAAAAAAACAGCGCAGGUGCGAAACAUUUUCAACCACGACCAGGAAUACAGUACUUUGCGACCAGAUUUUAAUGAGAAAAAGACAUUAAUUUACAUCAGGGAUGUGGAAAAAAAUUAAGUGAUAGCAGAAACUUCCGUUACAAAAUCGUUUUUGUUAAAAAUUUUAACUUAAUGAAAAUACCGUAAAUUAAAUUGUUUAACUAUUUGAGACAAUCUAUUAUGAGUAAAUCGAUUUUGUUUUUUUACAACCGUCGCUGUUACUGCAGUAUAUAGAAGCCUGAAUAAAUAAAUGUACUAGCAGUUGCUUUGCGUUUGAUAUAUAUGACAUAUGAAAAAAAAACACAUCGAAAAUAUUCAAUUUUCUUACAAUAGUGUAGAGUGUAUCUUAUGAUAAAUAUUUGUAAAUACGUGUAAUUAGUCAUAUUUACACUAUAUCAAAUAGUGUACUUUUAUUAUUAUACUUAAUAUUACUUAAUUUUGUAAGAGUUUACAAUGAAAUAUAUUCUACAGCAUAGAAAUCAAAAGUAGUGUUUAUAAUUAAUGGCGUUUAUGAAGUUUAUAGGAUGUACGUGUUGUAGAUACCAUAG